AUGGCUCCGAUCGCUUUAUCCACUCCUCAACCAUCUCAUCUUAGCAUCCCUUCUAAGUCUCCCAAGAGCAUCAAAGAUGGCACCACCACAGUCACAAGAGAACCUGCUACGAUAGACGACUUUUUGCCUGUUGAAGUGAAGACAGGAGACACAGCAGAGGUAUCUGGAGUACUUUGCACGGCUUUUGGCCUUGCCCUUCUUUGCUAUAAUGCCGAAGGCGUGCAUUUUGAAUUCCAUCGCGAGACAGCAACUGGUUCCAGCUCCACGAAUCUAUCGUUGGAAUUGGACGAGUUCCGCAAAGUUGAGGACCUUCUCCAAGCAGUGAAGGCAACAUUGCAUAGUGCUCGAUCAGCACUGGAAACACCAGACGAGAAACAGCAAACUCAAUCCUACCAAUCCUUCCGCAGCGCUGUAAUCUUUCGUGAAGAGCGAUUAAAUGGUAAACCCAUCUCGCCAUCACCCAAUUUUGACCUCGAACUUCAUGCCACUAAUAAUAGAAAUGGCAUUGAGAUCCACAUGCUCUAUACUCCGUCUACAGUAUCUGAGGACCUUGCAGUCCAUUUGGCCGAUACUCUCCAUCGUACAUUCGAAUUGGUCAACAACCACUCAGAAACUGAGCUUUCGAGUGCAAGUUACUUGGGCCCACUCAGCCACAAGAGGAUUUUCAGCUGGAAUUCCAACGCGCCUAAUGCGGUGAUUGAGUGCGCUCAUGAGCUAGUUAGAAAGACAGCGUCCUUGCAACCACAGGCUCCUGCUAUUGAUUCAUGGGAUGCACAGAUGACGUAUGCAGAGCUGGAUUCUCUGUCAAACCAUCUGGCUACGGUGUUGGUCGGACUGGGAGUCAAGGCGGAGGUAAUUGUGCCUCUGUGUUUUGAAAAGUCGGCAUGGUAUGUAGUGGCGUUGCUUGCAGUACUCAAAGCCGGCGGUGCCUUUGUUCCCCUCGACCCGACGCAUCCCUCAUCACGCCUACGAGAGAUCGUCAGCCAAGUUGAUGCACCGAUUAUUUUGACGACAGCCAAACAUCACGAUCUCUUCGAUGACUUCUCUGUCAAGACAAUGAUAGUCAAUGAAGACACGGUCAGGACAAUAACUAGUGGUGACGGGUGUCUUACUCCAGUCACCGUCACGCCUGAGAAUCUCGCAUAUGUGAUCUUUACCUCUGGGAGCACAGGAAAGCCCAAAGGCCUUAUAUUCGGCGCCUGCAUCUGUAUCCCGAACGAGCAGCUUGGACGUGCAGACUUUGUCCAGUCCAUGAAUGACUUUCGUGUCAACUGGGCCUUCUUAACACCGUCGGUGUUGAAGGUGCUGACUCCUGAUCAACUGCCGCUUUUAAAGACUCUGGUACUGGGAGGCGAAGCUAUGUCAGAGUCGGAUAUGAUGAAAUGGGCGGGAAGGCUCCAGUUGAUGAACGGCUAUGGGCCAAGUGAAUGCUCAGUCGCAGCCACUGCCAAUACUCAGCUCAACCCCCAGUCCAGCCCACGGAAUAUUGGUAGAGCAAUUGGUGGGGUAUGCUGGAUUGUUGAUCCGCAAAAUCACAACUUGCUUCUCCCUGUUGGCGCCACAGGUGAGCUGAUCAUCCAAGGCCCUAUUGUCUCGCGUGGAUAUAUCAAGGACCCUGUGAAGACUUCAGCAGCCUUCUUUAGAAACCCGGCUUGGAUGGUGUCGGGUACAUCCUCAAUCUGGAAUCGCUUUUACAAGACUGGUGAUCUGGUACGAUAUGAUGCGGACGGCAUGAUUCACUUCAUUGGGCGUAAGGACCACCAAGUCAAGCUCAAUGGACAGCGUAUGGAAUUAGGGGAGGUAGAGCACCACCUCUGGACAGAUCCAGUCAUCCGUAACGGAAUGGCUCUCAUUCCCUACACUGGUCACUGCAAAUCCCGCUUGGUUGGUAUCGUGUCUCUCCACAAGCAUUUUACAACCGCUUCAAUACAGACACACACGAGUAUUCGCCUGGUGAAUCAUUCCGAGGCCGCAGCAGACACCCAAGCGAUUGCAGAAAGACUGUCACACCUGCUCCCCACCUAUAUGGUUCCAACCAUCUGGAUUGUCCUGGAGAGUCUUCCACUCAUGUCGUCGGGCAAGAUGGACCGGAAGAAGGUUGGGGAUUUUGUUGCUGAUAUUAGCACCGAGGCCUUCCAACACAUCAUAGGUAACUCGGCAAAACCUGGCGACAAGGCGUCUUCGAGCAAGACAGAGAUUCUCGUGCAGAAGGUUUGGGCGAAAGCUCUGAACGUACCAGAGGAGCAAAUUGGCAAACACAGCAGCUUCCUGUCUGUGGGCGGUGACUCUAUCAAAGCGAUGGCGGUCAUGUCAGAGUUCCGCAAACUCGGAGUCACCGUCCUAGUAGCUGAUCUGUUGCGGUACAAUGUUACUGAGAUCGCCUCAAAGCUGGAGGAGUCUGGCUCUGCGGAUGUGCUCCUGAGAAGCGAGACAGAUCACCUCCCCAUAUCAUACCUACAGCGCACCUUCCUCGAGGCGUCCCGUUCGGGCAACAGCGCCAUACACCACGCCAUGUUACUGCAACUCAAUCACAAGAUUAGUAUCCAGCAGCUGAACGAUGCCUUGGAUAGUAUCAUUUCUUCCUACCCAGCACUCACCCUCGGCUUCAAUGAGCAUAACGGGACAUGGUUGCAAACAUUCAGAGACCACGACGAGCUUGAAAACCCCGUUUACCACUUGAAUCUGAACCAUGUCUCUAGCUUGGAAGAAGCACAAGAAAUUGUGCAGCAUCGUCAGGCGUCACUUGGUGUGAGUGGUAACCCAAAUUUCAUGAUCGAUCUGUUCUCUCUUCGUGGCACACAGCACAUUUCUCUCGUCGUGCAUGCAGCUAUCCUUAAUUCACAGUCUCUAAGUACUGUCAUCAGUCACCUCGAUUACUUGCUUCAGUCAAAUGAUGAAAAAGAGGAAAACGUCUGGGAAAGUAAGCUUUUGUCCCGAGAUGAGUUCUCUCAUGCCUGGCUUGAUCACCUCAGGAGCGAAAGUGGCAUGGAGCCUAUGAAUGGCUCAUUGCAAUUUGUCGCCCUUGAAUCUCUUAGUGGGUAUCGAGACUAUGUCACAGAGAAGCUAGAACUCGGCUCCGAGAUUACUGGGCUUCUCACUGGACCGUGCAACCUAAAAUUUGGCACCAACGCGGGGGAUCUACUUCUGGCGACCUUGAUCCUGUCAUACCACCAAAUUCUAGAAGAAAAUGACCACUCUACCUUGGCUGUUGUCGAAACAACCGCUACUGAGUCGACUCUUAGCAAACACUUGAGAGGUCAUGUCGGUCAAUUCUCUUCGCUGCAACCCGUGCACGUGCCUGUGGAACACUCGGACCAAGUCACUCUUCAGCUAAUCCGGGAUACUAAGGACAAAGUUCGCCAGAGGGGGCCAGGUAGCAAGCUUGGCUCUUCCAAUGUCAUCUUCAACUACGGCUUGUCUAGCCGACUUACAGAAGGUAUCGUGUUGAAGCAAGCCACCCCCACUCGGCGACACGGCUUGGGCGCCAUCGUUCCCACAACUUUCGAGGUUUCAUGUCUGCUCGAAGAUGGACAGUUCAGAAUCACAGUCGGAUCCGAUCAGGUCAGCGUUCAGAAGCUAUUACUAUUUACCAACCUGUACAGACAGAACAUCACGCAAGCAGUCGAGAUCCUCGCGUCCAAUACAGCUAAGGAAUUCACUUUGGCGGACUUUCCAUUGCUCAAACUCGAUCAUCCAUCCCUUGAGAGAGUCAACCGUCAGCACCUUCCACGAGUUGGCCUUAGACCAAAUCAAAUAGAAGAUAUGUAUCCCUGCUCUCCGUUGCAGCAGGGUCUCCUUAUGAGCCAGGCUAGGAAGCAAGGCAGUUACAAUGUAUCCAUUGGAUGGGAGGUAGUCUCUUGCGGCGCAAACGACACAGUUGAUAUUGGCAGAUUGCUCUCCUCAUGGCAAAAGGUAGUCGACCAUCACCCUGCCCUGAGGACUAUCUUCACCGACGAAUUUGGCGGCAAGGAGCCAUACGCUCAAAUUGUUCUGAGACGCCCUAGGGCGGAGGUUUCGGUGAAACCUUGCUCAGAUGUCGAUGUUGCAUCUGUGCUGGAGGAGGCGAUUGAACUAGGCACUAACCCUGUUGUCCCUCCACAUCGGUUCUCAAUCAGUUUCACAGCGGAUGGUAGAGUGUUCUGCCGAGUCGAUGCUAGUCAUACCAUUGUCGAUGGUGUAUCCAAGUCAUUGAUUCUGAGGGACCUGAAGCGAGCUUAUGCGGGGACCCUUGUUUGUCCCACUGGAGGCGCUAAGUACAGGGACUUCGUCCAAUAUGUUGCUGCAAACGACAUGUCCGCUAGCAUUUCUUUCUGGAAGAACCAUCUUGCCGAAGUCGAGCCAUGCUACUUUCCCAAAUUAGCUGAGGCUGAAGGUACAACUGAGCUGAAGUACGUCCAGGUAGAGCUAGGAAUACCUACCAGUGUUCUGCGUGACUUCUGUGUCUCCCAGAAUAUCACAAUCUCGAACCUUCUACAGACAGUCUGGGCACUCGUCUGUCGGGUGUAUGUCGGCCGAGAUGAUAUUUGUUUCGGUUACUUGGCAUCCGGAAGAGAUGCACCUGUCGAAGACCUAGUCAACAUGGUCGGGCCAACUAUCAGUGUCCUCAUUUGCAAGGCAUUGCUGGAGGACUCCACUAUUAUCAAGGACGCCUUGAAGGCUUGCCAGGAAGAGUUCCUUGAUUCUCUCGCACACCAGCACUGCUCGCUCGCCGAGAUUCAACAUUCACUUGGACUCGCAGGAAUGCCUCUGUUUAACACUGGCAUUUCCUUCCAGACAAUGACAGACGUUGAUAGUGACGACAUUGUCACCGAUGUCGACUUCGAAGGUCUCAUUGUACGGGAGCCGACAGAGUACAAUAUCACGGUUCACGUUGUCGAUUCGCCAAACAAUGUGGACAUCACACUCGGAUAUUGGACUGAUUGUAUCUCAGAAUCCCGAGCUGGAUCCGUAUCGGGAACAUUCUCUGCCAUCCUCAAAUCCGUGGUCGAACAUCCAGAGGCCCGAGUUGAUCAGCUCAGUGUUAUCGGCCGGUAUGAUUUGUCGCAGAUUGUAUCUUGGAACCAGGAUGUGCCGGAGAUUUCAUCGUACACAGUACCGGACCUCGUGCUCCAACAGAUUAUGCGUACCCCUCAUGCUAUUGCGAUUGACACCAUGGCCGAAAAGAUAACCUAUCAGGAUUUUGGACGGAUGUGGUUGUCGUUGUCUCGAUACUUGACCAGGCUUGGUAUUGGCGCCGGAGAUUACGUGCCUUUGACGUUCGAAAAGUCAGCAUGGGCUAUCGUUGCCAUGUUUGCUGUUCUGGGUACUGGAGCUGCGUUCGUCCCACUGGAUCCUAAAACCCCGGUGGAGCGGCUACGCGAGGCCUCUAUUCAAACUGCUGCUAACGUUGUUCUUGCAUCUCCGAAAUAUGCUUCAAACUGGAACGACCUUAUUCCAACCAUUGUCAGUGUUGACCAGGAUCUCCUCGACAAACUGAACGAAGAACAAGACUAUCUCAACCAAGGUGUCGUGAGAGCCCGCCCCCAUCAUGAUGCCUACGUCAUCUUCACUUCGGGCAGCACAGGCAAGCCAAAAGGAUGUGUUGUGCAGCAUGCUGCAUUCUGCUCUGGAGCCCUGGCUCAAGGAAAGCUUGCCUGUCUGGGUCCCUCAUCACGAGUACUGCAGUUUGCUUCCUACAGCUUCGAUGUUAGUCUGCUGGAAAUCAUGACAUCACUCAUGUUUGGUGCAUGCAUUUGCGUGCCGGACGAAGACUUGAGCAAGGACAUCAAGCACUGCAUCAACGUGCUCAAUAUCAACUGGACAUUCCUUACGCCAUCUGUCCUUAAGCUUUUACAACCGUCCGAUGUGCCCUCAUUGAAGACUUUGGUUCUUGGCGGCGAAGCUCUCUCAAAGGGUGACAUUCUCAACUGGGCUGACAAGGUACAGCUGUACAACGGAUACGGACCUAGUGAGUGCUCUGUAGCAGCAGCAGCUAACCCAGGAUUGCAACCUACUACCGAUCCAGCCAACAUUGGACAUGCUGUUGGUGGUGUGCUCUGGAUUGUUGAUGCCAAGCAACCUUCAAAGCUACUUCCCAUUGGUGCUGUUGGUGAGCUCUUGAUUUCAGGACCAAUUCUGGCGAGAGGCUACCUGGGUGAUCCUGAGAAAACAGCAGCCGCCUUUGUCAAACAGAAGAGCUUUGUUCCAGGAUCUCAUAAGCGUGAGCGGUAUUACCGCACUGGUGAUCUUGUGCGAUACAAUGCAGAUGGCACGAUUCAUUUCAUCGGCAGAGCUGAUGGGCAGGUGAAGAUUCGCGGCCAGCGGGUUGAAUUGGGCGAGAUCGAGUACAAUAUCGAGCGUGAUGAGAAUAUCCACCAGGCACUCACUUUGCUCCCAUCUCAGGGCCCAUUCAAGAAGCAGCUAUUGGUCGUUGUUUCUUUCAAAGGCUUCGAUCUCCCUGUUGAGGAGGGACGAUUAACUCUCGUGCCGGAGGACAGGAGACCCGAGAUUAUGGCGGUCGUGACCAGAAUCGCUAGCUCCAUAUCUGCAGCCCUUCCAAUUUACAUGGUGCCGGCCCUGUGGGUACCAGUGAACGCGAUCCCCUUGUUGCCUUCCGGAAAGCUGGACCGGAAGAAGGUCCGGCGAUGGGUCGAGACCCUGGACGAUGCCACAUAUGAGCAGAUUGCCAACGAAGGAUCCAAAGCUAGCGGCCGCGGCCCGAGUACACCUGCCGAAUUUGAGCUGAGACGCAUUUGGGCCUCCGUGCUAAAUCGACCCGAAGAGCAAAUCAGUAUGGAGCGGUCCUUCCAAAGCCUUGGUGGUGAUUCCAUCUCCGCUAUGCAGGUUAUCGCCCAGUGCCGUGAUGCCAAGCUCUCGCUCGCAGUUAAGGAUCUCAUUCAGUGUCCCACUAUCGCCGAACUGGCACCGAGAGUGCGACCUUUGGACGAAGAUGCUGAGCCAAUGGAAGACGAUAUUGGUGUUCCGUUUAAUCUUUCUCCUCAGCAGACCUGGGAGUUCGACCUGAAACAGCACUGCGAUCUCAAUCGUUACAACACUACGUUCCUGCUAUCGGUUCAUUCUGAUUCCGACCUUAAACCGGUCGUGGAUGCAACGGUAGAGCGUCAUCCCAUGCUCCGUGCUCGGUUCCAGCGCGAUGAAUCGGGCCGCUGGAUGCAGUAUAUUCCUCUUGACCGGUCCAAUAGUCAUUUGUACCAGGAGUUGGAAGUGCCUGACUUGGAAGCUAUUGAACCAUACACUGCACCCAACCAGUCUGGCUUCGAUUUGCAGCGUGGUCCAUUGAUGCGUGCAAUUAUUUUCAAGCUUCCGAACGGAGACCGGUACGUUGGACUUACUGUACACCACAUGGUUAUCGACACCGUUUCAUGGCGCAUUCUUCUCCAAGAUAUGCAACAAGGCUUAUCCACCGGGGCAAUCACCUCCCACCGUUCCGACUCAUUUGCCUUGUGGUGCCGUAAACUCAAGGAGCACGCUGAUGAGAAAUGGACUCCCGAAUAUGUACUACCUUUCUCGAUUCCUGCUCCACUGUACGAUUACUGGCAGAUGGAGGAAUCCAUGAACCUUUUCGUGACCGAAACUAUCCAGGAGUUCUCUCUGGACACCAAGACAACCGCCCGCUUGAUGGGAAAUUGCAACCAUCAGUACCAGACUAAGCCACUCGACAUUUUCUUGUCGGCGAUCUUCCAUGCCUUCAGCGCGACAUUCAGUGACCGUCCCGUACCUGCGGUCUUUAUUUACAGUCAUGGUCGGGAUGAGUUUGGUGGAGACCUUGAUGUAUCUAACACUAUCGGAUGGUUUACCUCCUCCACUCCGGUAGUGAUAAAACCAUCUGGAGAUAUUGUCGACGACCUGCAAGCUGUGCGAGAUGUGCGCGCCAGUGUGCCAGGCAAUGGAGUGCCCUACUGGGCAACCCGCUGGCUGACCGACGAUGGCCAUGCCGCUUUUGAACACCACAGCCCCUUCGAGUUGUCUAUGAACUACCUUGGCCAGUAUCAGCAGCUGGAGCGCGACGAUUCGGUACUUCGUUAUGUGGAUGUGAAGAAGCCCAAGGCAACUGGAUCUGGGUCCGGUCUCCUCCGCACCGCGCUGGUUGAGACGCAAGCCAUUGUUAUCGGUGACUCGCUGCAGAUCAAGUUCGUAUAUAACACGCGCAUGGCCCGGCAGAAGCAGCUCCUCGACUGGCAGGCCAAGGUGAAGGAUUCGCUACUGGAGAUUGCCAAUCGUCUCGGAGAUGGUGUUGAGACUGAUAUCGCAAAUUUGUAUAUAGUGGAAUCCACAUUGAUCCCAGAGAACGUUUUGGCGCGGUCGGUAAAGAUGAAGGAGUUUGAGAAUCUUUCCUUUGACUAUAUAGACGGUCUCAUUAUGGACAGGCAGCGUAGCUUAAUGCUCGAGGUGAUAGUUCUUAUGCUGCAGGGUAUAUUGCCAACGAUUUGGCAAUUUAUUGGAAACAUAUGUGCAGCGAAGGAUCACUGCCCCAGCUUUGUGUCGAUGCAUUCUCCCGCCAUGAGCUCCUCGUGUAGCUUGAGUAUUAUUGCAGCUGCAGCAGGCCUGUGUUUAUGGCCAAUCUCUAGGAUAUACCUUGCCGAAGUCGGACCUCGGAGCCUGUCCGGUUAA